AUGCUAUGGGGUUUAACAGCUGCAUUAGCUUUUGAACUACCGCAAGACCCGUACUCUCCUUUCAACCAUCAUGCUGAUCCCCUACACAGAAGAAUGGAUACCAAAACUAUUUAUUUCACAGAUUAUGAUGGAAAGGUUGUACAUAAAAUGCCAUAUAAAAGGUUACCUCAGUCUGGCGAAAUCGAUGAAUAUUUGGAAGAAUACGACAUAGCAUCAAAAGCUACGGAAUCGUGUGAAAAAUUGUACCCGGAGUGUGACGACCACUUAGCUGAUGUUAACACGCCAGAAUUUAGUUAUUGA